AUGACAUAUUCACUUCAUGUCACCCAGGUCAACAAAAUUCUACACUUUGAGCAAGUGCAAGUCGGGGAGUGUGCAGAUGUGAAAUCGAGCACCUCUAUGGAAAAACAUACAUUUGUGAAGUGUCUAGACCUGGUGAAGAAACGAGGGCUUAGAGUGGCAUCGAGGGCAGACCGGCAUGUGCAAAUUACAAAGUAUUUGAGGACACAAGGGCCCACCAUCCCACACUUCUAUGAUGCUUGGCACAUCUCAAAAGGCAUCAAAAAGAAGCUGGCCGCCCAUACAAAGAAAUCUGGAUGCAGUGUACUCGUGCUGUGGAUUCAGCCAGCUACCAAUACUUUGCAUUGGUGUGCAGCCAUGAGUGAUGGCAAUCCAGAGCUGCUUACAGACAUGUGGAAGAGCAUGGAGCGGCAUGUUGCUAAUGUACACUCAGGGCGUGCAGGUCUGUACACGCAUUGUGCCCAUAGUGACCUGGGAGAGAGGCAAUAA